AUGCGUUAUUCUCUUCAGUCCGGUCUGAUUCUGGCUGCCUCCAUGGCUGCGCCGCUCGUGGAUGCCGAGCGUGUGCUGGGUGCCUAUCUCUAUUCCCGCCAUGGUGAUCGGACUGCGAAGGUGUUUGGCAACACUGAAUUGACCGAUCUGGGUUACCACGAGGUCUUUGCGGCUGGUUCUUUCUAUCACGAUCGCUACAUUGCUUCUGAUUCCGACAAGCAGAUCGAGGGCAUCAGUGAUGCUAUCGUCAAUGCAGAGCAGAUCACUGCUAGCGCGCCUGCGGAUGCCGUGCUGCAGAACUCGGCCACCGGUUUCUUGCAGGGUGUGUAUCCGCCUGCUGCCAAGGCAGCCUCGCAGACUCUGGGCAAUGGCACCUCUGUUCAGGCGCCGCUGGGUGGAUAUCAGAUCAUCCAGGUGCAGGGCACCGACACCAGCCAGGACAGUGAGAACUCCGCUUGGCUGCAGGGCUCCAGUGACUGCAGCAAGGCCACCGUGAGCAGCAACAACUACUACACCUCUAACUCGUACAAGUCGAUGCUGGCAUCCACCAAGGACUUCUAUACCUCGCUGUCGCCCAUGCUGAACACCACCUUCAGCGCGGACGAGAUUAGCUUCAAGAACGCCUACACCAUUUUCGACUACCUCAACGUGGGCUAUAUCCACAACUCAACCGAGGACUUCCCUCUCCGCGACAACCUGACCACGGAGCUAUAUGCCCAGCUCCUUCAAUUGGCCAGCAACCAACAGUAUAACCUGGCUUUCAACGCGUCCGACCCUGUGCGCGCCAUUGAUGGUGCCGUCCUGGCCGGCGAGAUUCUGUCUCAGCUCAACGAGACCAUCACAUCGAAUGGCAAGUCCAAGCUCGGUGUCCAGUUCGGCUCGUACGGUACCUUCAUGUCCUUCUUCGGACUGAUGCAGCUGCCCGCAGCAUCCGUCGAUUUCACCGGCGUCUGUGACUAUGCGUCCACCUUCGUGCUGGAGUUGGUGACCAACGCCACCGGCACCGGUAUCCCCUCAACUGACGACAUCAGCGUGCGCUUCAUGUUCCACAACGGCACCAUCACCGGCUCUGACGAGCCCACCGUUUACCGUCUGUUCGGACAGAAGAACGACCUCAUCUCCUGGGACGAGUUCAAGACUCGGACUGAGAAGGUCGCGAUCCUCUCAGACGACCAGUGGUGCAACCAGUGCGGUAAUACUGACGGAAAAUGCGCGAGCUCUGCAAGCACCAGCUCAACCUCCGACUCAACCGGCUCUUCUGGUAGCAGCUCGGGAGGUAUGUCGCGUGCCGUGGCCGGUGUCAUUGGCGCUAUGGUGACUCUUGCUGUGAUUCUGGGACUGGAAGCCCUUUUCUUCCUUGUUGGUGGCUUCCGCAUCUCUAAACGCCGUAAGGCUGGCCCCGAGAUGAUCUCGGCUGCUGGUGUGGCCGAUGACAAGAAAUAA